ACAGAUUCAACAACUCUCGACUUGGUGAGCAGAGAGAAGUCUCCGCAGUACCGAGUCAACGGAUGCGUUAUUUUUGCUGAUCAGUUGCAGAAGAAGCCUUACUCUGAACACAUAUUGUGGCAGUGCAAUCCCACUUCAGAUAGGACUAGACUGCAAAGAGUUACCGCCCAGAAACCUUAACGACAAAAGACUUGGAAGAUCUAGGGGUCUAUAUAACUAGCAGUUCUACGCAUCUACGACGGAGGCAACGACGAAUCUGGAUAGGACUCAGCUUGCUUCAUUGUCAAAAUGGGCGACGAAUCGAUUCGGCACAGCAUUUCGAUGCAUCCGCAUCCCUUUCAUCUUCACCCGCACCGGCCUGAUACCCCCUCGAAGACGACGACGAGCCUGGGUUUGAACGAAGCGACGAGUACGGCAAUCGAGGCCACCGAUAAUGCUACACAGCAUCGAGUGAUCCCCGGCAGCGAUGAGGAGGGUCAGCUACCGCCGCGGUACUCGAUGGAUAACGACCCGUUCCAGCUGGCGUCGAAACUGAAGACGCCGCAAGAGAUCGAGAAGAUCGAGGCCAACACGUCACGGAAGCGGACGGGAGUAUGCAACCCGAUAGCGAUGGCGCCCGGCCAGGCGGCCCAGUCGACGAAACGGCUGCAGGGCUUCUACCAGUCGCAGAACGAGACGAUCGAGCGGAUGCUGAAGCCCGUGGAAGAGCAUGUGCGGGCGGCGCGGGAGCUCAACAGCAACAACCAGCUGAAGUACCGGAUCGCGGUGUGGGGCAGCUUCGUGGCCAACGUGCUGCUGUGCGUGCUGCAGGUGUACGCGGCGGCGUCGUCGGGCUCGCUGUCGCUGUUCACCACCAUGGCGGACGCGGUGUUUGAUCCCAUGUCGAACCUGACGCUGCUCCUGUCCAACAAAGCGGUCAACCGCGUCGACCCGCGCAAGUUCCCCGCGGGCAAAGCCCGCAUCGAGACGGCCGGCAACAUCUGCUUCUGCUUCCUCAUGACCUCCGUCUCCUUCAUCCUCAUCGCCUUCUCCGGCCGCGAGCUCUCCGAGGGCCGCUCCGCCGACACGGACACCUUCCACCUCCCCUCCAUCCUCGCCGUGGUGGUGGCCUUCUCCACCAAAUUUGCCCUCUUCGCCUACUGCUGGGCGCUACGCAACCAGGUCUCCCAGAUCCGCAUCCUCUGGGAGGACCACCGCAACGACCUCCUCAUCAACGGCUUCGGUAUCCUCACCUCCGUCGGCGGCAGUAAGCUCCGCUGGUGGAUCGAUCCCAUGGGCGCCAUCCUCCUCUCCGUCCUCAUCAGCUGUCUUUGGCUGCGUACCGCCUACGGCGAAUUCCAACUCCUCAUCGGCGUCACCGCAGACAUCCACAUGCAACAACUCAUCACAUAUAUCGCAAUGACUCACUCCCCCCUGAUAACAGCCAUCGACACGGUCCGCGCCUACACGUCCGGCCCCCGUCUCGUCGUCGAGGUCGACAUCGUCAUGGAUCCCGAGGCCACACUGCGCGCCACGCACGACGUCGCCGAGGAGCUACAGAUGAAACUCGAGAGUCUGCCGGAUGUGGAGCGCGCGUAUGUCCAUGUCGACUACGAGACGACACAUAAGCCCGAGCAUUCCUUGAAGAAGGAGUUGUAAAUACUCAAUAUGCGUGGAGUUGGAUAGAUGUAGGAAUUGAUUUUUUCUUAAUGGAAUGGGA